CUCGAAGCUCCACUGCGAGCACGUCGCUGUGUGCGCGGUCACAGCCGCAAUGCCCAGCUGUUGUGUGCCAGGAUGCAAGUCGCGCGGCUCACAAGGAGUACCAGCCACCUCCUACCAUUUGUUUCCCAAAGAUGCCGUUCGUCGGACAAAGUGGAUAGAAGCAAUUUGGCCCCCGCAUAUUCGCCGGGAACCUGCCAAGGAAGCUCAUGUUUGUUCGAAGCAUUUCUUAGAGGAGCAUUUUGAUCGCACGUCCGCGUUCAAAGUCCGCCUACGAGAGCAUGCAGUUCCUACUCUCUUGCUACCUCAUCCAGUACAACAAGGUGAUAGAGCACCUGAUGCAGCAAGCACCGAUUCAUCCUUUGAUUCCCCUCAGCUCAUGCAAGGUUGCGCUGAAGGCUUGCUGCUGCUUGCACAGGUUGCUGCAACUUCUCAUGAAGGCCUCCAAGCUUGCCUCUCCACACCUGCAUCGCCUGACUUAGCUGCAGGCUUCCACGGGCAGUCCACACUCCAACAGGAAGCCAUGGAUAUACAGCAUGAAAGUGCAGAUCCAAUCAGUUUACCUGACCCAGAUCCCUCCAACCUAAGUGCCAGUCAUUUCAUCGAGCCAGCACUUGUACAGGUGAAAAUUCACCUCUGUUCUACUCAUUAGGCAUGCUUGUCCUCUGUUAUAAGUAAACUGAUGUUACAGUUGAUGUAGAAGUAAAAAUUUCUAACACGUGCUCUUUCUAAAAGACUCCCAUGGAUAUUGGUGAGGAGAGU